GACAUCUGGGGGCUAGCAAGGAAUGUGUGUGUUCUAGAAGGGCCUGGGGGGGGGCGUGGAUUUCUGGGUCCCCCCCCAAGGAGGAAACCUGGAGAAAGCUGGAGGCUCUGAUUUGUGGGUCCUUGGGAGGAUAAGUGCUGGGGGUUAGCACGUUGAACCUACAAAGUGAGAGGAAGGAAGUCGGGGACCCAUGAACUAAGGUGCUGCCUGGUUCGGAGCAGACCAGGAAGUGGCAGUUCGGGGGUGAGGUUCCUAUAAAGUGGUAGUCAGACGGUUGCUGCUGACUGUUCUGCAGGUGGUGGACUUUGGCUCUUCGAAAAGCUUUUGCCCGCCCAAACCCCACCCCAUCUCCCAGUGCUUCAUCUCUGAACCUCUCACACAGAUUCCGUCACCCCAGUCCUGGGACUAAGAGGGUUCAAAACCAGCUGAGAGAGACUGACUGACUGACCGAUUGAUUGAUUGAUUAGUGGCCCUAUGCUUCCUGCGCAGAGCCCGGCAUGUGGGGCUACCUCUCCCUGCUACCUGUCUUCCUGGCCGUCUGGGCUGCUGCUAGCGUCUGGACCGUCUUUGCGAUUGCCGUGACCAACAGGACUGUGAACCUUACGGAAGGCAUCCCCUAUAUCAGUCUCUGUGGAUCGUACCCGCCUCAGAGCUGCAUCUUCAGCCAGCUGCUAAACAUGGGAGCCGCUAUGGCUGCCUGGAUCUGCAUUCUCCGUUACCACCAGCUCCGGGACUGGGGCGUCAAAAAGUGGCUUAACCAGGUGAUCCUGUGGUCGGGGCUCCUCUGUGCCCUGGGCACCUCCGUGGUGGCCAAUUUCCAGCAAACGAACCAGCAGGCCACGCACCUGACAGGGGCCUUCUUUGCCUUCUUCGUGGGCCACAUCUACUUCUGGCUGCAGCUGCUUCUCUCCUGGAAGAUGAAGAAGAGCCUGCCCCAACCCGGGACCCCUUGGAUCAGGCCACUCCGCUUGGCCCUCUGCAGCCUCUGCACCGUCCUCAUGGUGACCAUGGUCAUCCUCCACACCAGCUUCCGGCGCUCCGCCGCGGCCGUCUGCGAGUGGGCCGUCGCCAUGCUGCUCUUCGCACUCUUCGGCCUGUUGGCUGUGGACUUCUCCGAGCUGCGCAGCUGCACCCUGUGCCUCCACCAGCGCUCCAGCCUCAGCCUGGCGCCGGCCUCCCCCAGGGCCCAGUCGUGACCCAGGCCGUGCCCUCGCGAGCAGAGGGAAAAGAAGCCAACCCCCUGGACCCCUCCACGCCUCCCCAAGAUGGGGAUGGACCUUCGGGGAUGAACUGUCGCAGAAGAACGUGCUGUCUCUGCCCCGCCUGGAACCUAGUGCACAGUGUGGCGGGGCUGCAAACUGGUCCACUGGCAUCUUUAUGUCCUUGCGCCCCUGCCGUCUGGCCCCGCCCCUGCACUCAGGGCCACCCAGGAAGCGAGAGGCCAAGGCCAGCCAGCCAUCCCUGUUCAAGGCUAUUUAUUAUUGUUAUUAUUAAUGUUUGUUUUUUUGUUGUUA